UGAAAGAUUGAUGUCCUGUGUAAUGCCAGCACGCCCCCUAGCGACAGCUGGUGAGACGUGGUUAAAGCUCGUAUCUAGGGAAACCGUCUCUAUGGAAACCGCGUGUAGCUGAAAACUAUGGUUAUCGAAAUUUGUUAGCAUACUGGCUGGUGUGUGUUUGUGAGUGUUUGUUAAGGUUUUAUAGCUAUCGUCAAAAUGACUUAUCAGCGAUUGUAUCAGCCUAAGGUGAAAACUGGAAACUGGUUGGAAGAGCUGCACCUAAAAGAGGAUACAAUGAAAGACUUUCUUAACAAGAGGGAGCGGGGAGAGCUUCUUUCUCAGAAAGUGGACUUUCUCAAACAAAACAUUUUGAGUCCGGUGAAUCUCUCUGCGACAAUCAAUGGAGAGCUACGUUUUGGAGAUGUUGUGAUGUUGGUGAACGUGGGAGGAAAAGACAGGGAGCACAGCGCUCUCAGCAUCAACGCCAAUGUCGACAAUCUGACAAAGACAUUUCCACCGAGCAUUAAGAUGCCAUGUGGGGUCAGCGCAGGAAAAGGUAUUCAAGCCUGCAUUCGCACUGCUUUUAUCAUCACCAGUGUUGAUGGCAGUCCUGAACAAUCAACUCUGCAUUAUGACCAGAGUUUUGCUCUCAGAACAACAAGUGGCUUUGCCAAAGGACUUUACUUGACCAGUGAUAAACCGCGUUUCCUAAAGACUGCAAAGAAGUCUGGCCUCCAAGAUGUUUAUCUGGAUGAGACAUUAAGCGCUUUGUCAUGGUGGAAAAUAUCGCACUUCGACCCCCAAGAAAGAUUUGAAUCUGAGGGUCUGCCAGUUCCAGCUAACGAGAAGGUGCUGGUCGUCCACACCAUGACAAACGAAGGCCUUGCUGUUCUGAGUGAAAAGCUUCUCUGGACAGCUUACGGCAGAGAAUAUGAAGUGGUAGCUCACACAUUCCUUGACACCCAUAGAGCUGAACAAGAUGUUAAUUUCUGGAUCCUGGGUACUUCUGAUCCUGCUGGGGAAGGGCUUCUAUUCCUGAGGCACUUGCAACUAUAGAAGUUCAUGUCCAGCAGCCCACCUAAACCCUGAGUUACUACCUCCAAUUUAAUUUUAAUGUGCACAAACAUCAUAAACAAUACCUGAAAUUUCCACAAUAAAAACUAUCUUCUCUAACUGAA